CUGAACUUUCCGCAUAGCAGAUUGAUCAUUGUUUGAAACAGUCCGACACGCGCCAUUAUCUAAUCAGAUGAACCGGCAAGAAGUUCUUCCAUGAUAAAUUCAUUGUCCAACAAGCCCUUGGGACUAUUCCAAUUCAUCGUGUCGUACAGCUCGUUUGCACUCUGCUGAGGAGAAGAAUGUCCGACCAACCAGAGUACGUUAUGGAAGGCCUCAGGCAGGUGGCCACCGGGCAGGGCUUCACAGAAAAGCUCUACCGAAUCGAGUUCGAAUCCGGAUCGAACAAGGGAGAUGGCUUCAUAGGCACGCUGUUCAAGGCGUUUAUCCGAGAGGACGGUCGGGAUGAGUUGAUGGUGCUGGUUAAGAUCCUCCCAGAGCACGACUUCCGUAAACGACAGUUGAUAGGAUUGUUUCAACGAGAGGUCAUGGCCUACAAUGUAAUUCUCCCGAUGUUCCGCCAGUUCCAGGCGGAGAAAGGUAUCAACGAAGACGACAAGCAAGGAUUCUGGCGAGUACCGAAAUGUUACUAUGCAAGUUGCGACCUGCAGAAAUUGGAAUCAGUGGUAAUCAUGGAGGACCUAAGGGAAGAGAACUUUCGCAUGUGGAACAAAUUGCAACCAGUUAAUUUUGACCACACGCGGUUGCUUUUGGAGCAGCUCGGGAUGUUCCAUGCCAUAUCGUUCGCCAUGAAGGAUCAGCAACCGGAACGGUUUGCUCAACUGAAGGAACUUGGUGAUCCGAUGAAAGCCAUAAUUUGUAUGGAUCCUAAGAAGACCUUUUACAAUGUGUUCGAGGAAAUGCUUAGAAGGGCCGUCGGAGUUGUUGAAGAUGGGGAUGAAAACGCGAAACAGUCGUUAAAUCGUUUGAAAGGAGUUGUAACAGAGUCCUACUUGGCCUGUGUGGAUGGUGAAGACGCGGAACCUUACACAGUCGUUGGGCACGGUGACUGUUGGGUCAACAACAUGAUGUAUGCGUACGAAGGCGAGGAACCAUCUCCGAGUGACAUUCGGCUGAUCGAUUGGCAACUGUGUCGUUACGUGUCACCUAUCCUAGAUUUGUCCUACUUCAUCUACAUCUGCACAGAUAAAGAACUUCGAGCGAAACAUUAUGACCAACUGCUAGAUGUUUACUACAAAUCGUUAAGUAACUUCCUAAAAGUACUCGGUGGAGAUGUAGAUCGUCAAUUUCCAAGGGAUGCCUUCGAGGCGCAGUGGAAAAAGUACGGACGCUUUGGACUGUUGAUGGGACUUACUGUGCUGCCGAUGAUCUGCACCGAGCGCGAGGAACUACCCAAUAUGGAUGAAUACAUUGACAAGAUCGAGAGUGGAGACGAAAAUGUCAAGUUUGCGUACGCAGCUUCAAAGAAGGCAUCCGACCUUUAUCAAAAGCGGAUGAGUGGAACGAUCAGAGACGUGAUUAGGUUUGGAUAUUUAAAAAUGGCCGAACAACCGGAGUACGUCAUCGAAGGCCUCAGGCAGGUGGCCACCGGACAGGGAUUCACCGAAAAUCUUUACAGAAUCGAGUUUGAAUCCGGAUCGGACAAGGGAGAUGGCUUCAUGGGCACGCUAUUCAAGGCGUUUAUCCGAGAGGACGGCCGGGAUGAGUUGAUGGUGCUGGUUAAGGUCCUUCCAGAACACGAAACCCGAAAACAGCAGUCGAUAGCGAUGUUUCAUCGAGAGGUUAUGGCCUACAAUGUAGUUCUCCCGAUGUUCCGCCAGUUCCAGGCGGAGAAAGGUAUCAGCGUAGACGACAAGCAAGGAUUCUGGCGAGUACCGAAAUGUUACUAUGCAAGCUGCGACCUGCAGAAAAUGGAAUCAGUGGUUAUCAUGGAGGACCUGAGAGAAGAAGACUUUCGCAUGUGGAACAAAUUGCGACCAGUUGAUUUUCACCACACACGGUUGCUAGUGGAACAGCUCGGAAUGUUCCAUGCCAUAUCAUUUGCCAUGAAGGAUCAGCAACCGGAGCGGUUUGCUCACUUGAAGCAACUUGGUGAUCCGAUGAAAGUUAUGAUUGAUAUGGAUCCUAAAAAGACCAUCAACAACUUGUUCGAGGAAAUGUUUGAAAGGGCGGUCACAGUUGUUGAAGGUGAAAACGAGAAAGUGAAAAAGACGUUAAAUCGUUUGAAAGGAGUUAUAACAGAAUCCUACUUGGCUUGUGUGGAUGGUGAAGACGCGGAACCUUACACAGUCGUUGGACACGGUGACUGUUGGGUCAACAACAUGAUGUAUGCGUACGAAAGCGAGGAACCAUCUCCGACAGACAUUCGGCUGAUCGAUUGGCAACUGUGUCGUUACGUGUCACCCAUCCUAGAUUUGUCUUACUUCAUCUACAUCUGCACAGAUGAGGGACUUCGAGCGGAGCAUUAUGACGAACUGCUAGAUGUUUACUACAAGUCGUUAAGCAACUUCCUAAAAGUACUUGGGGGAGAUGUAGAACGCCAAUUUCCAAAGGAUGCUUUCGAUGCACAGUGGAAGAAGUAUGGACGCUUUGGACUGCUGAUGGGACUCAUUGUGCUACCGAUGAUAUGCACCGAACGCGACGAACUACCCGAUAUGGAGGAAUACAUGGACAAGGUCGUGAAUGGAGAAGAAAAUGUUAAGUAUGAGUAUGCUACUUCAAAGAAAGCGGCUGACCUAUAUGAAAAACGUAUAAGUGGAACAAUCAGAGACGUGAUUAGUUGGACAACACAUCUAGUGAAAAUGACAAAUCCAUCCGUUCCUGCCUACGUCCGCUCCAAGUUGGAAGAGAUCGCCUGGGAUCACAAUUUCGUUGGAGGAACAUACGACAUUCGGUACGAGCCCGGAUCGAAGGAUGGUGAUGGAUUCAUUGGACAGAUGGUACGUGCUACUAUUUAUGGCGAUCGGCUGGUGGACGGAGACAAAUUAUUACACGGUCAGAAACUGAGCUUGAUCUGUAAGAUGCCACUGGACGAUCCGGUGCAGCGCGAAAAGUUCAACUCUAUGCUGCUGUUCGAGAGGGAAGUGUUGGUCUACAAUGAGGUGCUGCCAGCAUUUGAACGUCUGCAGCUAGCCAAAGGAUUGUGGCGAGGUGACGAAAUUGGAUUUUGGCACUAUCCCAGAUGCUACUGGGCUUCUUUUGAUGCGGAGCAGGGAGAGUCGAUGCUGAUCAUGGAGGAUCUGGUGGAACGCGGAUUGGAACUGCAUGAUAAGUACGUGUUGGUGGAUUAUGAUCACGCAAAGGUGCUCAUGGUGGCCCUAGGGAAAAUGAACGCCUGCUCGUUUGCUUUGAGGGAACAGAAACCGGACAUUUUUGAAAAAAUCAAGCGAUUAAACGAUUUACUGAGUAUUAUUAUGACGACUGAGCAAACCAAGCCAUUGGCUGUACGGAAUUGUGAAUUGGCAGCAUCAAUCUUCAACGGAGAAAAUGCUGGAGAAAAACGUUGGAAAAACAAAUUCCUGUCGCUAAAGGAUUGCAUUUGGGAACGAACGCAGGAGUUGAUGGCUAGUCAGAAAGUUGAACCUUAUGGGGCAUUCAACCACGGAGAUUGUUGGACCAACAACGUCAUGUUCGGUUAUGACCAAGCAACUAAUCGUGUUCAGCGAUUAGUGUUCCUAGACUGGCAGAUGGCUCGAUACGGAUCACCAGUUUUGGAUCUCGUUUCAUUCCUGUACCUUUGCGGCGAAGUCAACCUUCGGAGAGACCGGUUCAGUGAUUUGAUCGGAGCGUUUUAUGAUGCAUUUUCUAGAACGUUCCGCGCAUUGGGAGGGCAACCGGAAAAAUCAUUUCCAUUCGAGGCGAUCCACCAGCAAAUGAAGGUCUUCGGAGCUCAAGUGCUGACGAUGUCAACUUUUGCUUUUCCCAAUCUAUCGCAACUUCCCCAAGAAUUCUUUGAGUGUGAAACAAAUCGAAAUAAGGAGGAAUUUGCACCUCAGUUUUGCAGAUAUAAGCAACUAAUGAAAGAUAUGUGUUGCGACUCGGAAUAUUUCGACGGUUUAGAAUAAAAGGAUACCGACAGAAAGUGUAGCGAUAAAAAUUCAAUGAACAAAAAUAGAUUGUUGUCAUUCACAAUGUGUAUUGAAGUAGUGCAAGAACUUUUGAACUAAAAGAAAUAUUUCCCAUAAUGAAUGACGUAGCUGACUAUCUCCAUUUAUAUACCUUGCCUUUAUUGGACUUGUGGUUACAGCGGAAUGAAAUGCAGAGUUUAAUUAUUUAAAAUAAAACAGAACUUUAUUAAACAACGAUGUUUACUCUUCGAAUUCACUUUUACUUA